AUGACUAAUAUCUUGAAUAUCGAAGGUGAGCCGAUCUUUGACGACAGCAUCGUCAAGAUUGAGACUCACACGUACAAUCUAUAUGUCAACACGUCAUUUAAACAUAGCGACGAAAUAAGGAUACCAAUACAACAACAGGAUUUAUACACGUUGCCAUACGAAAGUUCACUUUACGUCGAAGGAAGAUUGACAUUGAACAAGAGGAAUGAAAACACUACAGCAAUACUUGGAAAUAAUUGUGUAGCGUUCAUGUUUGAUGAAAUUCGAUAUGAACUCAACGAUGUGGAGAUUGAUCGCAAUAGAAACGUUGGACUAACUACCACUCUAAAGAACUAUGUAUUGUUGUCAUUGAACAAUGCAAUAAUUGUUAAGCAUAAUGCUGGAUUUUUAUCUCCGAAUGAUUCAGCAGAUGACUGCAAUUUCACCACUGCUGACGGACACUUUAGUUUUUGCGUACCACUCAACAUGUUGUUUGGCUUUUGCGAGGAUUACAGACGUGUGAUAAUUAAUGCUCGUCACAAAUUGAUUUUGAUACAAGUGCACAACGACAACAAUUAUCUUGCGGGAGAUCCAGCAACGAAACCGAAACUUGAGUUAUUCAAAAUACAAUGGCGAAUGCUUCACAUUACGUUGAAUGACAUCAAUAAACUAUCCAUGCAAGCCUUGGAAAGUGGACGAUAUCUGAAUAUGAGUUUCCGUUCAUGGGAUCUGUACGAGUAUCCACUAUUACCAAGCACGACAAAACAUUCCUGGACUGUAAAGAUUGCGACUCAGCUAGAAAAACCACGAUAUGUUAUCUUUGCUAUACAGACUGAUAAAAAAAAUAACAUGAAAGCAGUUAAAACUGUCUUCGAUAAUUGUAAACUAACCAACAUAAAACUUUAUUUAAACUCUGAAUUUGAUCCGUACGAUAAUCUGAAUCUAGACUUUGACAAAAAUAGAGCUGCUAUCUUACAUGAUAUGUUUGCACGUUUCCGUACAUCUUAUUAUUAA